GUUCGAAUCGGAUGAAACGAGUAAACAUUGAACCUGAUGAACUUCCGAGUCGCUGGAAGAAAUUUUGCUCACACACUGUGAGGACUUACUUAGUUGGAGAAGAAAAGAAGAAAAAAGAUGGUGGAGGACUUCUCCAUUGGGACGUUUGAAGCGGUGUGUUUAGGUUCCAGCGUCGCUCUCUCAGGCGUGUUCUAUUAUUUCUACAGGAAGAAAACCAAAACACUGAAAAGACUAAAUGAGGCUCCACAUAUAGGUUUAAAUGAUAACCUGGUCGAUACGUUGGACACAGCACCAGGGAAGUGUUUGCAGUAUGCGAUUAUUAGUGGCACAGUUCAGCCUGUAGGGGAGCCCCUGAGGAGUCAGUUUAGGGAAGGAAGUGUUGGGGUCAUUCAGAAACUUGUUCUUCGAGAGCACAAAGUGGUGUGGAAUGGUUUGGCACGCACCUGGACAGAUCGUGAGCAACUACUCCAUGAACGUCUGAACCUGGUGCCUUUCAACCUCGUGGGUGAAGAUGGGACGUGCCUGCAGGUUCUCCGUCCGUUGGAAGCAGACGGUCCCGCGAUGGAGAUGGUGCACGAGAAGUUCCACCAGGCAAGCUAUGGCCUCAGUGACUUGCUCAGCCAGUAUUUAAGCGGCGAGAAGAGCAAGGGCCAGCUGGAGACAGAGGAGAUGCUCAAAGUGGGCGUGUCCAUCACUGCUGCAGGCGAGCUCAUCCUCGAUUCGGACCGAUUGAUCAAACUUCGGCCGCCGACUGACGGCUCCACGUAUUUCCUGAGCACCUCAGACUUCGAGUCGCUGCAGCAUGAUCAGGAGGGCCAGGCAGACGGCUGGUGGAUGCUGACAGCCGCGUGUGCUUUGGUGGGCGCUGGUGUGGUGCUCUGGAUGGGGCUUUGCUUUUACCAGCGGAGACGGAGGAGACAGGAGAGGGAGAGAAUGAAAAGGGCGUUUGAACAGACCGGGGAGGGAGAGGAGGGCGGAGUGAACCCGUGCGUGAUCUGUUUAAGUCAUCCGAGAGAGUGUGUGUUGCUGGAUUGUGGACACGUGUGUUGCUGCUACAGCUGCUAUGAGGUACUUCCUCAACCUAAAUGUCCCAUGUGCAGACAGAGUAUAAGAAGAGUCGUUCCUCUCUAUCAGGUCUGAUACCGAUAGGCUGAGAUCUGCUAUCAGACACAUGGUUGGCCAUUAGCACUGGUGGGGAUUUUGAUGUAGAAAAUGUGGAAAUCACCUUUUUGAAAUUAGUUUCUGUGCAAAAUUAGUGUAAUCCAGCUAGAUCAAUACAAGAGCUGAUAACCAAAAGAGCCACUUCAUUAGUUACAUAUAUAUAAUUUUAACCCAUAAUAGGCUUAGUAUCUAGCCAACAAGACGAUGUGAAUGAACGUAAAUGUAGUUGCAAUCUUUCAGCCAGUUUCAAGCUUGCCUACAUAUUCAUCCAUAGGCCAUUGCUACUGGCCCAUACCAAUAAAUAAUCAGAUACUGCUUCCUCUCUGUA